UCAAAUCAAGAAAAGGAGAUGAAGCUUCGUAGGGUACUUAGCAUUUCAUAAAUAUCCUCCAUUCAUACUUUUGACCAAUCAUACAUAUAAAUUCACAGAACAAAUGUGAUCCCAAGAAUAUACGCAGUCUUGACAUUUUCUUUCAUGAACUGAAUGCUCUUUCUCACCCCGUAUAAUUUUCAACAGCAAGACAGUACUUUAUUUAAACAGAAAAAAAAGCGAGCUAGGGAGCAACAAACAGGAGAUCAUGACGAGCAACGGGAUAAUGGAGAGGACUCUGAAGAGCCUUGGAAGGGGAUUUGACUUAACAUCGGAUUUCAGACUCAAGUUUUGCAAAGGAGAAAAAAGAUUAGUUUUCCUUAGUGAAGCAGAGAAAAAAGAGCUCGAGGUACCUGGUUUUGGGGCCAUCAAAGAUGUUUCUAUUGAUAUAAAGUGUGACAAAGGAGAUCGUGUCCGAUAUCAGUCAGACAUCCUUGAGUUCCAACAGAGAAAAAGUGCAGAUGUCAGAGUUCUUCAACCAAAAAGCAUCCGUGCCAGGAAAAAUCCCAUCAGGGCUGUUUAACUCCAUGUUUGGAUUUGAAAGUGAUACAUGGGCAGCUGAUGCAGCUGACACCAAAUGUUUGGCACUUGAUGGUUGCUUCAUAACCCUGUUCAAUUUUCGUAUUGAUCGGUAUCCGCUGGUUCUCUGUGAUGAAGUCCGAGAUGCAGUUCCAUCGUCUUGGGAUCCCUGUGCUCUAGCAAGGUUCAUUGAAAAAUACGGGACACACAUUAUUGUGGGGUUGAGCAUAGGUGGCCAUGACGUGGUUCUGGUCAGGCAAGACAAAUCUUCUAAUGUGGGUUCAUCAGAGCUGAAGAAACAUUUAGAUGACCUUGGCGAUCAGUUGUUUUCAGGGACGUGCAAUUUUACUCCAAAAGCAAGAGAUCACAAGUCUAAGCCACCGCAGGCUUUCAAUGUCUUUGAUCCACAACCUGUUGCCUUCGAUAGCUUCUCUUCCGUCAGCAAAACAAAAGAUGGAAUCACUGUUCUAUAUGCCAAGAAGGGAGGUGAUACAUCAGUAAGUAGUCACUUUGAGUGGCUUCCAACAGUUUCUUCCAUGCCAGAUGCAAUUCAUUUUAGCUUCAUACCCAUAACGUCUCUCCUUAAAGAUGUUCCUGGCAGAGGUUUCUUGUCUCACGCUAUCAAUCUUUAUCUUAGAUACAAGCCUCCUUUAUCUGAUCUGCCUUAUUUUCUUGACUUCCAAUCUCACAAGACUUGGGCCCCUGUUCACAAUGACCUGCCACUAGGCCCUUCCACAAAUGUGGCAAGUUCAUCUUCAGCUCUUCACUUAAACUUUCUGGGCCCUAAACUAUAUGUGAACACUAGUCAGGUUACAGUUGGAAAGAGACCAGUAACUGGAAUGAGAUUUUAUCUUGAAGGCAUGAAAUGCAACAGGUUAGCCAUACACCUCCAACACCUAACAAACACUCCAACAAUUCUUGCAAACAAGAUAGAUGACAGCAUGCAAUUAUGGCGAGGGUCCGAUGACAUGGAUAACGAAGGAUACUUUGAAGCUAUAAAUCGAAAAAAGUUUUCCCAUGUAUGCACAGCACCAGUAAAAUAUGACCCCAGAUGGAGUACUAGAAAAGAUGUAGCUUACAUUGUCACAGGAGCUAAACUUCAGAAAAAGAAUCAUAACUCGAAGAGUGUCCUCCAUCUUCGGCUACUGUUCUCCAAGGUUUCAUGUUUUUCUAUAGUCCAGUCAAGCUGGGCACAAGGCUCUUCAGGAUUUUCGCAGAAGUCUGGCCUCUUCUCUGCCAUAAGCACGUCGAUAACAGGCAAUCCUGUGAAAGAGACACCUAAGACUGUGGUGGUGGAUUCCAGUGUAUUUCCAUCAGGGCCUCCAGUACCAGUGCAAACACAAAAGCUUUUGAAGUUCGUAGAUACAUCACAAUUGUGUAGAGGGCCACAGGACAGUCCUGGGCAUUGGCUAGUAACAGGGGCUAGGCUGGACUUGGAUAAAGGGAAAAUAAGCUUGCAGGUUAAGUUCUCCUUAUUAAACAUUUAUUCAUGAAAAAAUUUAAGGUGCAAAUAAGAAAUCAAGACAAACUUCCUAGUGUUAAACUUCUUUUUUGAACUCAAACUGAACUUCUAAAUAUCGUCCUUGCCACCUUGCAACAAAUAUGUACAUAGAAUAGUGGCUUUACAGUAAUGUAAUUAUUUUUUGCAUAAACGAAACAAUACAAGAAAUCAAGUAUAUGGAAAUUUUUUAAUGCGAGUGAAGGUUGAUGGAUCAA